AUGUCAAAGAAAUUCACAAAAAAAAUAUCGAGGGCAAAAAAUGUGGUAAAGAAAAAGUUAAAAGAGGAUUUAAGGCAGCAAAAAAAAAGCAGUAAAGUAAAUAAAGUUCUUUACCGCAUCGGAUUUCUAGUUGUCUUUACUUCAGUCAUUUAUCUAUCAACCUCAAUUAAUCUUGUAUGUGAAUUUAAAGAGCAAAUUUUGUGGCCAAAUGAGAAAUUUUAUGGCUGUGAACUUAGUAACAUGGCAAACAUUUCAGCGCCUGAAUUAGUUAAUAUCAGCUCAGCUACAGGCACACAUCAAAAUGGAAAAACCAAUAAUCAUGUAAAUUUAUUUUUUGCUGAACGAAAAGGAAUUGAUUACUUCCCGCAAGGAUUAGACAAAAUCUUUCCGAAUCUGAAUGCAAUGGUUGUUAAAAAGAACAAAAUGAAGGAAAUUCGAGCAUCUGAUCUAAGAUCAUAUUGGAAACUUAUUUACCUUAGUCUUUCUAGCAAUUUGAUAGAAGUCUUGGAAGAUGGAACCUUUGACCAUAAUACUGAACUUAAAUAUUUACUUUUUGCUAGUGAUAAAUUGAUACACGUUGGAUUGAAUGUCUUCAACAACUUGAUUAAAUUAAAUUCCAUAAGUUUUAUUGAAAAUAUUUGCAUCAACUCAAACGCAGUACAUGAUGUUUCAAAAGUUCAGGAAGUUGUAAAAAAUGCGAAAACUCAAUGCCGGGACUAUGAAUUUUUGAAAUUGGAUGGAAAGAUUAAAAGCAUGGAAUCAGAUUCUCAACAUUUAAAUCAUGAAAAUUUAAUAGCUUUCGAGCAGAAUCUUGAUAAUUUGGAGUUUGAAAUUAAAAAUUCUAGAUUUUCAUUUAUUACAAGUUUAAAGUUAAGGAUCAAAGAGCUACAAGACAAAAAAUCGGAAUUCAAACUCUCUCUUAAUGGUAAUUUCGAAAAUAUUAAAAGAACUGACGGAGUUCAAGUUUUGGAUGACAAAUUGAAAAUUAAUAUUUAUGAAAGUUUUGAAAAAAUUGAAAAGGACCUUGAAGGAUCUCACAUGUAUAUCUUAAAGGCAGUUGACAUGAAGAUGAAGGAAUUUGAAACCCGUUUGAUGGAAAAGCUCCAGGAAGUUUUGUUACAAAAUGUAAAUUUAAUAUUGAAAGGCAUGGAAAAUGGAGAUAAAGGUUCGGAUUCAAAAGUCACUGAUUCAAAAGUUUAA